UAUUUCUUAAAAUGAAAAGAGUGAAAACACUAGUAACAUACAAGACUGAAAUUCCCUCUUUCUCUCUCUAGUUUCUUUGCCGCCGACCACCGAAAACCCCCAUUUUCUCCUUUUCCCGAUCCGGAGUUUCGACCUGUUUUUCUGAAAUCGCUGUAAUACAAGUGAAGCUUUGAGCAUUGUAGGUUCCUUAGCACUUGUGAAUCUUACUCGGUAACUCACUAAUUUGAGUAGAGUCUUUCCAUUUUAGCAAACCCCGUUCCAUUUAUUUUUUCAUUUUCUCGCCGGUGAUUGAUUUAUUGCCAAUUUUUGUAUCUGGGUUUGGCUCUACUUAGCUUUGAGCUGAUUCUGUGAUAUGGGUUUUGUUAAUUAGCUUGUCUGAGCUUGUGUUCAGAGAUAUUAGUUGGGUACAAAAGAAGAAGCAAUAUUGAAUGGUAGAUUCGCAGAAAGAAGCGAGCACGAAGUUUCUUAAGUAGAAAUGUUCUAGAUUUUUACUUUUCCAUAAACCCUGGAAGGAUUCUAUUUUAUCCCCAUGAAUGAUUGCGCGGGCUCUGGUGAAGCGAGUGUAUCGGCUUCUGGUGAUCAGGCAGCUCCUUGUAAAGAAGCAGCAAAGAAAAAACGGAAUCUCCCUGGAAUGCCAGAUCCUAAUGCGGAAGUCGUAGCUUUGUCACCAAAAACUCUAUUGGCAACGAACCGAUUUGUGUGUGAAAUUUGCAACAAAGGGUUUCAGAGAGACCAGAAUUUGCAGCUUCAUAGAAGGGGUCACAAUCUGCCUUGGAAGCUAAGGCAAAGAACAAGUAAUGAGGUGAGGAAGAGAGUGUAUGUUUGCCCGGAACCUACGUGUGUUCACCAUGAUCCUUCACGGGCAUUGGGCGAUUUGACUGGGAUCAAGAAGCAUUUCUGCAGGAAACACGGUGAGAAGAAGUGGAAAUGUGAUAAGUGCUCGAAAAAAUAUGCAGUUCAAUCUGAUUUGAAGGCUCAUUUGAAGAUUUGUGGAACUAAGGAGUAUAAGUGUGAUUGUGGGACUAUGUUUUCAAGGAGGGAUAGCUUUAUCACACACAGGGCAUUUUGUGAUGUUUUAGCAAAAGACAGUGAGAAAGCACAGAAUGCAGUUACAACUCCUAUUACUGAUGAGGACUGUAAGGUUCAAGUUGUUGUUUCAUCAACACCACCAACACCUCCUACUCCCCCACCAGCCUCAGAGCCAUCAGCUGUUCCUUCACCAGCUGCCCCAGAGCCUCUACCACCUCCUUUUACUCCAUCAACUGCUGUAGUGUCAUCUGAUUCUCCUAUCCAGAAUCCAGAGUUGGCAGAGAGUCCACGCACGAAUUCCAAUGGAACUAUUACUAAACAGGAUAUAGAAGAAACAACAGCAAAAUCAAGGUUGUCUGGAAUCUGCAGCAGUAGCUCAUGCACCGGAUGUACCAACAGCAACUGUUUUACAAGCUUGACUGGAAUCUGCAGCAGCAGUUUGAGCUCAAGCAGUAAUGGAAGUACCAGCAGCAGCAGUAUUUUUCCAAGCUUGACCAGAAUCUGUAGCAGCACUAGGAGCUCGAGCAGUAAUGGAAGUACUGGCAGCAUCAGCGUUUUCCCAAGCUUGUCUGGAAUAUUUAGCAAUAGUAGGAACUCAAACAGUAAUGGAAGUACCCGCAGCAGCAGCAUAUUUUCAAGUUCAACUGGAAUCUGUAGCAGCAGCAGCAGCAUUUUUGCAAGUUCAACUGGAAUCUAUAGCAGCAGCAGUAGCUCAAGCAGUAACAGAAGCAACAGCAGCAGCAGCAUUUUUACAAGCUUGACUGGAAUCUGUAGCAGCAGUAGUAACUCGAGCAGCAAUGGAAGUGCCAGCAACAGCACUUUUGCAAGCUUAUUUGCUUCAUCAACAGCUUCAGGAAGUUUGCCAUCUCAAGCACCUCAAUUUACUGAUUGGUUUCAAUCCGUGGCUCCUGCACCGCCACCUGAUAUAGAACCACCAUCAUCUAUGGAACCAAUAUCUCUCUGCCUUGCAAUGAGUCAUGGUUCAUCGGUCUUUGGACCAACUGGGCAAGAGAGAAUGCAGUAUGCUGCAGCACCACAACCAUCCAUGUCUGCAACAGCAUUACUGCAGAAAGCUGCUCAGAUGGGUGCAACAGCGACAAACUCAUCAUUGUUGAGGGGUCUUGGGAUAUUAUCUUCUUCUUCAUCAUCUAGUGGGCAACACGAAUGGAAUGGGAGACAAAUUGACACUGAUGGUGCAACGUUGGCUGCAGGCCUUGGGCUUGGAUUGCCAUGUGACGAUGGCUCUGGUCUAAAGGAAUUAAUGCUGGGAACUCCCUCUGUUUUCGGUCCCAAACAUCCGACUCUUGACCUCCUUGGAUUGGGGAUGGCAGCUGGUGGCGGCCCAACACCUGGAUUAUCCGCUCUAAUAACAUCCAUGGGCGGUAAUCUAGAUGUGGCUGCUGCAGCAGGAUCAUUCGAUAGUGGAGAAUUUUGUGGGAAAGAGUUUGGAAGAAGUUCAUGAUACCAAACGUUAGUGUAGGUAGAAAACGUCGUUGUUGUUGUAAUAUAGAAGCAGCUCCUACUUUCUGUAUAAACUUUUCUACUCUUUACUCUAAAGGAAGCAGUUAUUGAAUUUAAGUGUAAAAA